AUGGCACCGACUUCGACCCGCACCCUGUUCUGGACGCCGACGGCCCAGCAGAUCGAGGAGGCGCCCGACACGCUCUUCCGGGAGUGGGUCAACCGGCGGCUGUCGCUCCGCCUGCGCGACUACGACGAGCUGCACGCGUGGAGCAUCAAGAACCUCGACGCCUUCUGGACCCUCUCGACCGAGUACACCGGCGUCCUCCUCGACCGCACCGACCCGAAUGUCCUGUUCGACGACUCGCAGCCGAUGGAGCACGUCAACCGCAAGCUCAUCCGCGCCAAGCUCAACUAUGCCGAGAACAUGCUCCUUGCGCACCCGUACGCCCGCUCGAACCACCGCGCCGUCCUGUCGUUCGUCGAGCCCGCCUCCCUGUCGCCGCAAGACCUCGACGACUGCCUCAUGCGGUCCCUCACGUUCGAGGAGCUGUACCAGGAGGUGCGGCUCGUCGCGCACGCGCUCAGGACCAAGUUCGGCGUCAAGGCGGGCGACCGCGUCGCGACCUUUUCGCCGUCCAACGCCGAGGCCAUCAUCCUGUGCCUCGCGACCCUCGCCAUCGGCGGCGUGUGGUCGUCGUGCCCGGCCGAGUUUGGCGUCACGGCGACACUCGAGCGCCUCGAGCAGAUCGAGCCGACCGUCCUCCUCACGGCCGACUUUUACCGGUACAACGGCAAGCAGCAAGAGAUCUUCCCCAAGCUCGAGCAGAUCCUCGCCCAGCUCCCGACCGUCAAGAACGUCGUCGUUGUCGGCCAGCUCGCCAAGGACCGCGAGCCGCGCAUCAAGUUUGCAAAGGACGAGGACGGCCGCCAGUGGUGGUCGUGGAGCGACAUGGUCAAGCUCGGCGAGUCGGCGCCCAAGGAGCUCAAGUUUGAGCGCGUCGACGCCAUGGACCCCGUUUGGAUCCUCUACUCGUCGGGUACGACGGGCAAGCCCAAGGCGAUCGUGCACUCGGUUGGCGGCAUGACGCUGUCGCAGAAGAUGGUCCAGACCCUGCACAACGCGACCGUCCCCGGCGACUCGCAGCUCACGUUCACGACGCUCGGCUGGAUGAUGUGGAACCACCUCCUGUCGACGCUCGGGUGCGGCUCGUGCAUCGCGGCGUACGACGGCUCGCCCUUUGCGCCGAGCCCGAGCACGAUCUGGGCCAUCGCGUCGCGGUACAAGAUCACCAACCUCGGCCUCUCGCCGCGGUACCUGCAGGUCCUCGAGACCGAGGGCUACGUCCCCAACAACGAGUUCGACCUCACGCACAUCAAGCAGGUCCAGACGGCGGGCUCGGUCCUCAAGCCCGAGCUGUACGACUGGAUGCGCGCCAACAUCCACGAGGACGUGUGGGUCAACAACGGCACUGGCGGCACCGACAUCUGCAACCUGUUCAUCGGCGCCGUGCGCAGUAAGCCCAUCUACCACGGCGAGCUGACGUGCAUCGCGCUCGCGAUGGACCUUCAGGCGUGGGACGAUGACGGCAACGCCGUAAUGGAUCGUCAGGGCGACAUGGUCAUCACCAAGCCGUUCCCGAACAUGCCCAUCGGCUUCUGGGGCCCGGACGGCGAGAAGCGCUACCACGCGGCCUACUUCGAGGCGUACCCGGACAAAAAGCCGGCGGCGUGGGUCCACGGCGACUGGGUCGAGGUCCACUCGUUGACCAAGGGCGUCAUGGUCUUUGGCCGGUCGGACGGCGUCCUCAACCCGGGCGGCGUGCGCUUUGGCUCGGCGGAAAUCUACUCGGUCGUCGAGAAGAUCGAGGAGGUCGAGGACUGUCUCGCGAUCGCGCAGAAGCUCCCGGACGGCGACGAGCGCUUCAUCCUCUUCGUCAAGCCGACGCAGGCGCCGCUCAAGCCCGCCGUCGUCGACAGCAUCAAGCUCGCGAUCCGCCAGGCCCUGUCGACCCGCCACGUGCCGGCCAAGGUCAUCGAGCUCGCCAAGAUCCCGUACACGGGCAACGGCAAGCGCCUCGAGGUGCCGACCAAGAAGCUCGUCAACGGCGCCAAGUUUGAGAGCCUCAACCUGUCGAGCGCCGAGGACCCAGAGUGCCUGCGCGUGUUUGUCAACCACCCCGAGCUGCGGCUCGAGGACGUCGCCGUCAAGGCCAAGCUGUAAAGCGGUGACGCCGCGCGAGCACGUCGACGUCGAGGCCG